GAUGCUGUUCCUUGCCACCUUCUUCCCCACAUGGGAUGCCUCACUCGGUGUUUAUGACUUUAUCGGGGAGUUUAUGAAAUCCACGGUGGAUCUCGCUGACCUGGUGGGGCUACACCUGGUGAUGUCGAAGAAUGCAGGCAAAGGCGAAUACAAGAUCAUGGUGGCAGCGAUGGGCUGGUCGACUGCCGAACUCAUCACCUCCCGGUGUAUCCCUCUGUGGGUCGGGGCAAGAGGCAUCGAAUUUGAUUGGAAAUACAUCCAGAUGAGCUUCGACUCCAACCUGAGCCUGGUUCACUACAUCACAGUGGCGGGCCUGGUAUGGAUGUUCUCUCGGUACGACCUCCCGAGGCACUACCGCCUCCCAAUCGCUUUGCUGCUGGGGCUCAGUGUCUACAAGGCCUUCCUGCUUGAGUCGCUGGUAACCGUUCUGAUCCUGGGCAGCUGGACGGCGCUGCUCCUGAAUGCGGCUGUGACAGGCGCUGUGUCCCUCAGCGCUCUGAUCCUCUACAUCAACCUGGUUCACGGCAACUGACCAAGGGUGAGCGGGUACCGUGCCCCCCCCAACAUGGUGGGUGUGCCAGGAGUCCGGGGGGUACAGUGCCUGCAGACAGCACUUGCCUGGUUCACAGAUCGGUGCCGGGGCACAUAUCCAAGGGACUGGGAGCCGUGGAUGAUAAUCUGUCCCCAGACCGUUCCGCCGCCCCCCGCCGCCAACACGAGUGGGAGACUGUUCAGCCCAUCAAGUCUGUGCUAGCAUUGUUGUGAGAGCAGCCAUGUUUUCCUUACACUGAUUAAAAUGUUCGCUGCAA